AUGUGUGGAGAUUGCCCGGGAGGCCCUGAACGCCGGCAACCGCGACAAGGCCCAGCGCUUCCUGCAGAAGGCCGAGAAGCUCUACCCACUGCCUGCGGCCCGCGCAUAAACAAAUGUAAAAAUUACUAUGAAGUACUUGGAGUUACUAAAGAUGCUGGUGAUGAAGAUUUGAAAAAAGCUUAUAGAAAGCUUGCUUUGAAGUUUCAUCCAGACAAAAACCAUGCACCUGGAGCAACAGAUGCUUUUAAAAAGAUUGGGAAUGCUUAUGCUGUUUUAAGCAAUCCAGAAAAACGAAAGCAGUAUGACCUCACAGGCAAUGAAGAACAAGCUUGUAAUCACCCAAACAAUGGCAGAUUUAAUUUCCAUAGAGGUUGUGAAGCUGAUAUAACUCCAGAAGACUUGUUCAAUAUAUUUUUUGGUGGUGGAUUUCCUUCAGGUAGUGUACAUUCAUUUUCAAAUGGCCGAGCUGGUUAUAGCCAUCAACAUCAGCAUCGACACAGUAGACAUGAAAGAGAAGAAGAAAGAGGAGAUGGAGGUUUUUCUGUGUUUAUCCAGCUGAUGCCCAUUAUUGUAUUGAUCCUCGUGUCAUUAUUAAGCCAAUUGAUGGUCUCUAAUCCUCCUUAUUCCUUAUAUCCCAGAUCUGGGUCAGGGCAAACUAUCAAAAUGCAGACAGAAAACUUGGGCGUUGUUUAUUAUGUCAACAAGGACUUUAGAAAUGAAUAUAAAGGAAUGUUAUUACAAAAAGUAGAAAAGAGUGUGGAAGAAGAUUAUGUGACUAAUAUCCGAAAUAACUGCUGGAAAGAAAGACAACAAAAAACAGAUAUGCAGUAUGCUGCAAAAGUAUACCGUGAUGAUCGACUCCGAAGGAAGGCAGAAGCCCUUAGCAUGGACAACUGUAAAGAACUGGAGAGGCUGACCAGUCUUUAUAAAGGAGGAUGAACUGGAGUUUUUAUUUAUACCUUUUAGUGUAUUCUUUAUUGUUCCUGUAAAUUAGUUUCAUCAUGAGAGCUAAAGAAAAAGAUUUAAUAUUAAAAACUAAACUGAGUAGUUGGUUCCUGAAAUCUUGGACUGUUUAUGACCUACUGGCUCAUUUAAAUCAUAAGAACUGAAGACUAAAGUUAAUAUUUUAGUAUGCUUCCGCAGUUAUUUUCAUUUUAAAAGCUUAUAUGAUUCCUAACUAAAAAUAUCUCAAGAGGAGAUAUUUUUCAUACCUGUAGCAAUUUCCAAUUUUAGUGAUUCCCCAUUAUUUCCCUCAUCAUGUAAAUAUUCAUGGAAUAAUUUUUGUGUACAUACAGUUUACUGCCUUUUUAUUUAAAUUAUUUUUGUGUUUAGCUCCAUGAAACACUUCAUUUAAGUUGGUGGAGUAGGUGUUAUAGGACACAGUUACAUUUUCCCUGUCAGGUGUUGAGUAUGUGAAAUUUAAACAAUGACACUUUUUCAAAAAGAAAACAAAGUCUCUUUUAACUUUAAUUAAAAUCUUAUAGCAUUAUCUCCUUAGAAGGAAUUGAUAUUUUUAAUAUUAACAUUAUAUUCCAGCAUAUAUAAUGAGAUAAAUGAACUGGUGUAGAAUAUCAGUUUGUUAUUUAGUUUUAUGAAUUAUUAAGCCAUACAUAGAAAUGAAAAGCUAUAUUGAUAGAUUUUAAAGAAAAUGAGGAUAAAUAUUAAGCUGAAAGAGUCAUCAACAGUAAAUUGCAGUGAUUCCAUUUGCAACUCCAGCAAUUAAAAUAUUAGUCCCAACUGUUUAUUUAUGUCUUUGAAGGCUGCUAAAAUUGAUGAAGAAAAAGGACAAUCUUUUCCCCCAUGGAAAUUUGUAGUUUCUUAGAGAUCAUUUAAGGAGGAUCCAAAAAUAAAUGGCUUCCUCUACAAAUAAGUAAUAUGAAACAUUACAACUAACAUGCAGCUUUGUGCCUUUAACCAUAUUGCCAAUUCCUAAACAAGUAAGUAUAUUAAAGUUCAUUUAUCUGAUCAGAGCAUGAUCUGUAUGUCCACAUGCAACAGUGAGCAGAACUAUAGUAGAUAGAAUAGUGACUUAUAGCAAGUAAUUCAUUAAAAAUUCUGAGCUAAAAUCUAUUUGCCAUUCAGCAAUUCAAUUAGUCCUACAGGAAUAAGCUCCUUGUAAUUAAAUCCAUAGUAUAAAUUAGAAUAAAAAGUUGGAAAUUGAAGAUUUUGGUGCCUAUAAGGUAUGAAACUAUUUGAUUUGUAGUGUUCUAUGUUUAACAAUUACAAUAUUUUAAUGAUUUUUGCUUUCUAUAGUUAAUGGAAUACAAACAUUUUUGGGAGAGGGUGUGUGUGUGUGUGUGUGUGUGUGUGUGUGUGUGUGUGUGAGAGAGAGAGAGAGAGAGAGAGAGAGAAAGCUAGAUAGAGUGGCUUUUUUCUUUUGUUUAAGGAGUUUUUCUAGGUGUAGCUGAAUUAUGGCAUCUGUUAAAUAAAACACCAUAAUGACAUUCUCUUUAAAAUGCUCUCGUGUGUCCCUUUUUCUGGGUAAAUUGAUAGAAAUACCUGAUAAAAUUAGUAUUUUUCUGAAAUAAAAUGAUAGCAUUCUAAUUAACUUCAAAAGUUCAUGUGGAUCAGAAAAUUUAUAGUAAUUUGAAUGAAAAAAGUUAAUCUAUUUAUUUUUCCAGUUUUAAUGGGAAAUUUACACUUUUGUGGUUGACACUAACAUGAAUUAAGCCUCUUGUUGACUAAUUUCUUUUACUCUUGAAUCUCAGCUGUAAGAGGAUAGGGGAAGUUAAAAAUGAAGUGAAGUUAUACAUUAUAAAGUCAUACAUGAUUUUUGGACAGUAUUAUAUUUCAGGUUCAUUGCUGCAUUCCAUUCCAUUUUAUAACUUAAUACAGGAAAUGUGUUUGAUGAAAUAGAAUUUUGAAACUGUGGGAAAUGACUGAUCAAGUGCUAACAAUUUAAGCCACACAUAAAACAUGCAAGUAAAGACUGAGUCCUUAAUGUCACCUACACCACUGUUAAAGGCCCAAUAAGUAUUUUUGAGUUUUAAGUUAAUUUUACAAAAAAGACUUUAAAUAUUCUGAGAUGUAAGAUUUCCAUGUUUGCUACCCUUAUAUGAUAAAAUUCUAGUAUUUUGCUGUUAUUUUAUAUCUACAUGAUCUUUGCAGUUUCAUUAGAUCAUUUUAAUCACCACCUAAAAGCCCUUUGACUUUG